GAUUGAGCCGCUGGGGUGGAAUGGUCCUCGCCUCUCGCCGUAGUGACGUCAUACCCAAAACAAGGAACGGCUUGUCAGUGAUUACUGCUGUGCCUGAAGCUGCUGUUUCGGCUCACAGUGACCUUUUUCUCAUGAUGUCUCAGGAUCCCUGGUUGCAGAAUUACGACGCCACUUGCCGCCUGGCACAGGAGGUAGCAGAGAACAUCCAUGAGAGGAACAGGCAGCAGAGAACGGGGGGAAACCCUGCAAAGAUAAACAUGACGUUACGAGCGUCCCUGCAGAAACUCAAACAGAAUAUUGCUCAGCUCAAAGAGGGCUUGUUGAGAAGCUCCUCGUCUCGCCGCAUAAUGCAGUCAGAGGCGGACAGGCGGCAGAGCCUGAUUGACGCGCUGCUAACCAGAGAGAAGCAGCUCAAUGCCACCUUCAAAGGAGACGUGACAGAGCCUGAGGCGUCCAGAUCCACGCUGAUGGCCGGAGCAGCAGGUGGAGGGAGUACGGCCAACCCGUGGCUCGUCGACGAGACGGAGGAGACCAGGGGGCUGUCCUUUGGGGAGAUUAAACAACAGCAACAGAGAAUCAUUGAGGCCCAGGACGCAGGCCUGGAUGCACUAGCAGCUGUCAUCAGCCGGCAGAAGAUAAUGGGCCAAGAGAUCGGCAAUGAGCUGGAUGAACACAACGAAAUCAUCGACGACCUUGCACAUCUCGUGGACAAGACGGAUGGCAGGAUUCGGAACGAGACUCGGAGAGUGAAGCUGGUAGAGACCAAGUCAGCAUCAUGCGGGAUGCUGGUGGUGAUCGUCCUGCUGCUCAUAGCCAUCGUCGUGGUCGCUGUAUGGCCCGUGUAGCUGCUGGAGACUGCGGACAGCUCCCAGGUGGAUCCAGAAAACCAGUUUGAAUCACAGAUCCUCUCUUGAUUUUUUUUUUUUUAUUUCUUUUUUUUUCCCCUCAUCCUCACACUGGAAUCUGCCCAACCAAAAGAAUGUAAAAUAAAUGUUUUGUUCUUUAGCAGCACAGACGCUUCUUUUAUACUGUUGGCUGAAGAGGCCUUGUGACACUUUAUUUUCUGUCCUGUAAAUAUUAUGGGGAUAAAAAUUGUCCUCUACUGUAGUAAAUAUAAUGUUUAAAUCAUUACAUGCUCUGGUCAUCAGGAAAUUAACAUUUAUGGCAGAUUGUGAACAAUUUUUCACCCUUUGUGUGAAGAAUUUAGUCCAAACAGUAGGACCUCCCGCAUGCAGCAGGACUACUCCUUUGUAGUCUUUCUGUGGCUGGACUCAGGUUUACGAUGGGUACAGUAACUCUUCACACUCUCAUUUAUUCACCCAUGGAUCACUGGAGCAGCUGUAAUGAAAUCAUUUUGUUAGGAUUUUUCUAAUGUUUAUUGAACAGAUCAUAGCCAAAACUAACAGCUGAAACGUGUUGCUAACGUGUCUCUCUUACUUCCUUGUAAAUCACCUCUGCUUGGAAUUUCUAAUAAACGACAUUUCCAGUUAA